CGUUCUUACGUUUUUACGUCAACGUAGAGGAUCUACAAAAAAACGAACUGUGGAUGUGUGUCCUAAACAUGCCUCGAGUCAGCCGGUUCGGGGGCCUCCAUAUGACCCGGGAUGGACUUUCCUGUUGCAUGAAAACCUCUGGUUGGUGUUGCUAAAGCUACCGGCGCACUAACCCGGAGUUUGGCCGAGCUUUUUAUCUAUUCAAGAGAAGAUGGCGGAGUUCUCACCCGUGCUGCCGAUGCGGGAUGGGGGAGGACGAUUUGCCCAGCCCAUUUUCCCUCGGUCCAGGUCCGGUUCCGAGUCUGACAGCGAACUGUCCCAGAGUCUAGCCCGCACCAAAAUCCGGUCUUACGGGAGCACCGCCAGCGUCACGGCCUCCCUGGGGGAGAAAUACAUAGAGCAUCGGGUUACGGACAGUGAUACUCUGCAAGGCAUUGCUCUCAAGUACGGCGUCACGAUGGAGCAGAUCAAGCGAGCCAACAAACUGUUCAGCAACGACUGCAUCUUCUUGAGGAACAGCCUCAACAUUCCCGUGGUGUCGGAGAAGCGCUUCGUUUUCAACGGACUGUCUCUGGAGUCCCCCGACGGGGAGUGUGAGACGGUGUGCCAGGAGGCCACUGUCGUGACGCAGGACAUCGAGGCACCUUCGCCGCCUUCUUCCCCACCUCCUCCAGAGGAGUCCAAACCAGCCCCGCCUCAGCCAGAGGAGCUGUCAGCCAAAGACUUCUUACACAGACUGGACUUGCAAAUUAAACAGUCAAAGCAGGCUGCACGCCGGCUCAAAGAAGAGGAAGUGAGAAACAAUGAGGACAGCUACACAGCCCCCGACAAGUCCUACCAGGAGACGUAAAAGAGCAAGCAGUUCACCUGUAGCCCAUUGACACCACAACCUCAUUGUUAAUGUUUUUAUCUGGUUUGUGUUUACCAUGUUAAGGAGUGGUCUGCCUUCUUAUUUAUUGAAUGGGAAGUAUUGGAGUGUGUUUUGUCAUUUCUGCAGCGUGCAGCUCUACCUGUAUGUGCACGUGAAGCUGCUGUACCGAUCCCACCUGCUGCUUACGUUCACCCACAGCGCCAAGCAAGUCCAGGCUCACCCCGCUGGACUCUCUUUAACUGUAUGUUCUAAAUCUCCUAGAAUAGGAUCAUUGGAGACAAUGUUCAGGCCUUCCUCAUCAGUGUUUACACCCAAUGUGAGCAAACGCCCAAUGGUGGGAAAGCACGAGCAUCUCCACAGGUCUCAUUUGCCUCAAGUUUUUUCUUUUCUUUGCAAAAAAAAAAGGAUUUUGUUUGUUUUUUGCCGCGUGAAUGCAUUAUUUAUGUUAUAAUGUCUUUAACAGAGGUCUUAUUGUGCUUUUAAAAUUCCAUUGGUUUUAUUUGUUGAGAAUAAAUCUAUAUUUAAACCCCAAA